UUUUCUAUCUCAUUUCCAUUUCCCAAUUCCAGCCCACAUUUCCCAUUUGCCAUCGAUCGGAGCGAAGCGCACUAGCCCUUCUCGAAUCGGAAAAGCCUCCCCUCGCCGCCGGCCGCCGCCGAGGAGAGCAAAGCAAGAUGUUCUUCCACAUCGUGCUGGAGCGGAACAUGCAGCUGCACCCGCGGCACUUCGGGCCGCACCUCCGCGACAAGCUCGUCUCCAAGCUCAUCAAGGACGUCGAGGGCACCUGCAGCGGGAGGCACGGGUUCGUGGUGGCGAUCACGGGGGUAGAGGACAUCGGGAAGGGGCUCAUCCGGGAGGGCACCGGCUACGUCACCUUCCCCGUCAAGUACCAGUGCGUCGUCUUCCGGCCCUUCAAGGGCGAGAUCCUCGAGGCCGUCGUUACCAUGGUCAAUAAGAUGGGCUUCUUUGCAGAGGCCGGGCCGGUGCAGAUCUUCGUGUCCAACCAUUUGAUUCCUGAUGAUAUGGAGUUCCAAUCUGGUGAUGUGCCAAACUACACAACGUCUGAUGGAUCGGUGAAAAUUCAAAAAGAGAGUGAAGUGCGGUUGAAGAUUAUUGGCACUCGUGUUGAUGCAACAGAAAUCUUUUGUAUCGGAACAAUUAAAGAUGACUUUCUGGGUGUUAUCAAUGAUCCUGGAUCAGCAGUGUAAAUGUUCCAUGGACAAGAUUGUACUCCCAUAAUGUUCUAGGUGUCAUCAACUUCAUUCUGGUUCAGUGUAAUGUUAAACUCUGGAAGCACCUAAGAAAGGGUUGUGGAACCUGUAUUGACAUCAUGUCUAUUCCCCCCCCCCCCUCUACCUAGUAAACUAUAAUCACUGUUGAAGCUAUUUUUUUUCUUUGCCUGUCGUCUAUGCAUUGGAAUUAACGUAGUCUUCUGACUGUCA